UCUCUCCCAUCUCUUCUUUGUGGAGGUUUCACAAACACCACCAAUCUUCUUCUUCUUCUCUCAUCAUCUUUUUGUUACUUCUUAGUUUGUUCGCUUGAUUUGAUCAAAGCCCUUCCCUCGAUCAAGAUCAUGCUUAGCAAAAGAACUCAUCCCAUGAUAGGAAAAAUAUCUGAGCUCCUCGUUGGCGUGAACCGAUCUGCAGCCGCAGCGGCUCCGUUCUUGGACGUCUUGAUGACGAGCCCUAGAAGCCCACUGGAUUUCAAGAUUCUCCCUCAGAUAUCUCAAAGAAACAGUUCAAAGAGAUUCUACGAUGACAAUCUUGGUGGGUCCGUUGGUCUAGGGAUUGUAGCCGCACUCGAGAACUCAACCACUCGCCGGAUCACGAGCGUUUCUAGAAAUGAACCGAACCAAUCCGGCCGGUCUGAACCGGUUCAGUUCAUGAGCCAUGUCGGAAGCUCGGACGAGGAAGAUGAGGAGAUGUUCAUAAUGGACGAGGAGGACUAUACGCUGGUAACGUCUCACCAUGGUCCUAGUGGAACUUGUAGCACAAGGGUUUAUGACAAAGAUGGUCUCGAGUGUUUCGCAACUAAGGUUAACGAAGAACGUCGUGAGAGACUUUUCGUGGUCGAUGUCGGUACGGAAUCUCCAAAGAAUACUCCGGAGUUUCAGGGUUUGGGUUUCCUCAACUCGUGUUACUUAUGCAGGAAGAAACUUCACGGCCAGGACAUAUUUAUUUACAGAGGAGAAAAAGCUUUUUGCAGCACAGAGUGUCGAUCGAGUCAUAUAGCAAGUGUUGAAAGGAAAGAGAGAUGUAGAUCGAAGUUUUCAACCUCUCCUUACACCGCCGGUCAAAUUUUCUCCGCCGGAGUUCUAGUGACUUAGCUGGAGUUCUUCUACUGAGUAUAUAUAUAUGGGGGGAAGGGGUAAAUAAAAUAGUAACUAGGCAUUAAUAAUAUGCGAGAGAAAUAAAUUAGCAUAUAUAAAAAUAUGACAUGUAUGUCCAUAUAAAUGAUAUAUGUGAUAUGGUGGAAGAGAAACAACAUGAAAAUUUUGGGUGAAGGGGGUUUAUGAGAGAGAGCUAGUUCUUGAUCGUCAAGAUGGCGAAAAUGGAAUAACGCUCUUGUUUUUUUUUCUAUUGUUAUUGUGUUUUGUAUUUGGUGCUUAUUAACAUGUUGAAAUAAUUUUAAUGUUCAAAUUGGGUUUUCAUUA